UUCCCCUUCUUUCUUCUCCUCUUUAAUUUCUUACAUAGAGAUAAAUAAAUCCCUUCUUUCUUCUUCAUUUCUCUCUUUCUUUUUCUUCCUCUCAUUUCCUUUUUUCUCUUUUCUGAAAACCCUAGUACCUAAUACAAGGGCAAUAAAACCACAAAGAUAUCUCAAUCUCAUCACUUCUCAACCUUUUUUACUUGUUUGUGGCUCAGAGACAAAUUGAGAAAAGAAGCAUGGGAAAAAGGAGUAGUAGUACUACCACUAUCAUCAUUCUUUUGUGCAGAUCAUCACAGGUUUGAAACAUAUUGGAGGGUACUUUCUGAUUGUCUUCUUCUUUAAUGGGGGUUUUCCAGUAAGUAAUACAAAAUCUUUUGUGCACUAAAACCAACAAAAUAGAUCUCUCUCUCUCUCUCUCCAUAUCUCUGUCCUUUUGUUCUUUGUUCUUCUUCUUUCCUUUAUUCCUUUUGUUCUUCUUCUCUGUUAAAAGCAAAAUAAUGGAUUCUGGAAACAACAGUGCAAGUCUACAGUCAUCAAGUGGUGGUGGUGCUGGUGGUGAUGAAGAGUACAAUUCACUUGCUUCUGAUUCUUUUAAUUCUUCAACUUUCCACGCACAAAAUUCCUCCAUUUUUGACCCUUUUGCCAACUAUUUCAACCCCAUAUCUCGACCACAACCACCACACAACUACACAACAACUAAUUCACUUUUCAAUACUGAUUGGUCCAAAACCCUAAGAUCUGAGCAAAACAACAGCCCCAUGAUGUUGUUACCAUCAUCUAAUACUCCUAAAUCAUUAUCAUUUGGUGAUGUUUCUUUCCCUUCAGUACCAUCACCACACUGUGGCGUCGCUAACGUGAGUGUUACUACUACUACUACUACUGGAACAGUUGCGCCAUCAUCAGAUCAACCGGUUACGCAAGCGCCACGUAAUCCGAAGAAAAGAUCAAGAGCUUCAAGAAGAGCACCAACAACUGUGUUGACAACUGAUACAACUAAUUUCAGAGCUAUGGUUCAAGAAUUUACUGGGAUACCUGCACCACCUUUUACAUCUUCUUAUUUUGCACCUAGAACAAGCAGAUUUGAUUUAUUUGCUGGUGCUUCUAGUAAUAAUAAUCCUCUUAAUAUUUCACAACCACCUAAUUAUCUAAGAAGACCUUUCCCUCAGAAAAUUCAAGUACCACCACCCUUUCUUUCUCCUAAUUCUUCAACUUCUUCUUCGUCGUCGUCGUCUUCGUCGUUAAUGUUGAGUUGUUUAGCUAACAAUAUUGCUUCUGGUGCUUCAAGCACUACUAGUGCUUCUAAUUCAAACAUUAACUACCAGCCACAACUUCCUAGUGGAGUCGCUAGUUCUGUUACACAAAGUUCUAAUCUUUUUAGUACAAUUCAACAGAACUCAAUCCUCGCAUCACUUCUUCAAUCUUCUCAAAAGUAUCCACUUGGUGUGUCCAAAGAUCAAGAACAAUUCCAAAUGCCAUCAAACAACUCAUCACAGAUAAAGAUUGGAAGUGUUCUUGAAGAGUAUAGUAUGAAUAGUGCUCAACAUGGACAUCUUUUAAGUGGGCUUCCUAAUUUGAUAUCUCCAGAACAAGCAACGUCAUCGAGGAAUGAGAAUAUUGCAGCUUCAACAAAUUUUCAUGGCGAUAAUAAGGUGCAGGAAACAGUUGCAAGCAGAGGUGGUGAAGGUAUGAUGGAAUCAUGGAUUUGUUCUUCAGACUAGGAAAAAAAAAAGGGGGAAAUAAGGUUUAAUAAAUUAUUACUCAAUAGAAAGAUUAUUGAAGUCGUGAUGAUGAUGAUUAUGUGAUCAUAGCAACAAUGAAAAGGAAAAAAUGAGACAUUUAGUAGUGUUUACUUACCAUCAUGUUUUCUUAAUCAUGAUUUUUUUUUUU